AUGAUAGAUUACCUUAUUUUCAAAUUUUUAAAAAAUCCUACAUAAGAAUUUUUCGUAUUUGUAUUAGCUUUUAUUUUUUAAAGUGAUUACUCUUUAUAAUUAGUGAAUUUUUUAAAGAGUUAUAUUAAAAUAAUAUUUUUUAAAAUUGUGCUGAUUCAAAAAUCUUUAACAGUACUGAUAUCACAUUAUGCCAUAUUCUAUGCAUAAGUUGUUGAGAGAUUUUUGGAGAAAGAAUAAAAUAAACGAAGAAAGCAAGCAAUGAGGAAUUUUUUAUCAAAAUAUAGAGUCAUAUCUAAUACUUUUCAUAUUUUGACACUUUAAGCAACAUACUUUCAGCCAUAAACUCGAUUUUUAUUGUUAAUUAUACUCAUUUAUUUUCGAACUAGAUACUUAAUUUUCACUGAAAGGUACAUGAUUAAGCAAUCCUAAAUCUUAGAACUUUUUAAUGCAUUCUUGAGGUGA